AUGACCGAAAUACAAGACAGGCGUGUUGAGCUCCUCAAGGCACUUGAUGAGCUCCGAGGCGAGAUUUUGCCGGACAUCUUCUCCUCGGCACUAAUACUCAAACAGUCCGAUCCUUCCUAUAACCCAACGCCAGAUGCAAUUCAACGAACGAGGCUCCAACUACAUAUUUUCAUUGAAAAGGCCAUAUCGAUCAUUUCAAAUACCGAAGAUUUUUUGUUCUACCUGAAAAGAAUUUCUCUUGUUAAUAAGUACUCUCUUUCUAAAGAGGAGAAUUUCGACUCUGUUUCUAAAUUCUAUAAAAUGAACUCGAUUGCUCUGCACCGCAAACGAGAAUCUUUGAUCGACGACAUACGCGGGAUAAUUAAAUCGCGUCAAGGGUCGUUAGAUGUUUCGCUCGUUAAUUUAUGCGGCCACUUUAUUUGA